AUGCAGCAAGUGGUGAAAACAGUUCAGAGCUUCAGUAAAGCAUCAGAUUGCAGAGAUGACACCCAACUGAUAAUGAAGCCAUACGCAAACUGGGAGAGCUAUAUAACACCAGCACCCCUCUCCAUUGCCAUACUGGGAGAAUUGGUCUACAUCUCUUCUGGAGACGAUUUCUCCAUAAACAAAAAUCCACCAAAGGAUGGUUUCAAAUUCAUUAGGUAUCCGGAGUCGUUCCGUGCCUGUCUCAUGCAGGUGUGCAAUGCUGGAUGGAGGGCUUUUAAUGAAGCUCACAAAAACAUGGAUCAGAUUCGCCUUUACACUAUACAAGUCCCUGAGUACAUCAAGACGUCUGUGUCAAUUCUUCUCCAGGACAAUGAUGAAAUUGUUGAAGCCCUUCUCCCGGGUCAACUUCAAAACAUUGAAACCGUCGCAGAUGAAUGCUUACGACUGGCUACUCUGACUGAAAACCAGUUCAUGGUGGUUAUUGAUUUGAUCCAGGAGCUCUUGGAGGCAAGCAUAAAUGCCAGACAAAGCUAUGAGGAGGAAACUGAAGAAAUCAAGAAGCGUUUAGAGGCAGAAAAAUUGCGUGAGGAGGCAUCUAGGAAAGCCACUGAAAGGGCCAAUAAAGCAUUGGAGCAACUUAAAACGCAGCUGUCUGAAGUUGAAGCUACUUACAAAACAGCCAUGGACUCCCUGCCUGGUGUAUGGGGACAAUUUGGGAUGAACCUGGCUGAAACUGUCAAAGACACAACAACAUCCCUUGUCAGUGGCUUUGUCAAAGUAUCUACUCAGGGGCUGGUGCCAGUGGUUAUUGAAAAGACCGUAGGUACUAUUGUAAAAAUUGUUAAAACAGUCUCAGACCGUGGAAACCCUGACCCUAACCUUAUGCCAAAAGACGAUAAGAGUGAAGAAGUAAUUUCAGAGGAUGGCAGCAAGAACAAUCCAUUUUCUUCCAAUAGGAUUUAUUCCAAUUCUAGCACAUUCUUGUGUUUGAGUUCACAAAUGAGGGUUUUUGUGGAUGACAGUAAAAUAAAGUGGUCUGAAGUGUAUGAUCAGAAGACUGAGUCUGCCAAGGGGCCUGAUUUCCUGAAGAAAAUGUUUGAGGAAAGAAAAGCCAAAAUAACCGAAGAAGAAGAAUGUGACCCUAAAGAAGAAGCCCUGCAGAUCUGUGACAAGGCCAUUUCUAUUUGCUCUGAACUGGCCAAAUAUGGUCGUGAGGGAAAGUGUGAGGAUUCUAAGAUGAAAGAGCUGGUCCAGGCCAUCCAAGAUCUAAAUGAUUCUGCGCUGCUUUUUGACUCCAAGAGCAAGGCCUUCACAAAUAGUCCAGCUUUCACUGUUCAACCACCACACCUGAGCAAAAUGCAGAGAAACAGUGAGGGCAAUGAGACCCUGGCUGACUACAAUGUCAGGAUCGCUCGCUACCGCAUAGAGCAGAGCAAAGCUCAACUGGACAGAGUGACAAAAAUGUAUCAGCAGAGUGAAGAAUAUUACGAAAAGAACGAAAAGGAGCUUAAUGAAAUCUUGGUCACCAUGCAGAGUCUCUGUCACAAAGAAAUAGACUUCAACAAAAAGAUCGAAAUUCUGGUCAAGGGGAUGGAUGCCAUGGGCAAAGUGAAGGAACAGUGGGAGAAAAUAGUGUGUCUGUUCCAGAUGGUCUCAAACAUUAUAAAGACCACCCUCAACACGUCUCUGAACAAUUUUGUGAAUAAAGUAAGCAAAGUAGCGAGACUUAACACGAGGUACACAUCAUCAAUGUUCCUAAAAGACACAAUUUAUACCAAUGCCUUUCAAGCCUCCAACUACGCUGCUCUCGUCAACAUGAUCUCUACGACCUAUGUUGAAGUGUCUGAGCAGUACCUGAUGGAAAGAGUAAGUGCCCUUGGCAGACUGAUGACCAUGGAUGCUAAACAGCAUAACUUGGAAUCAGAGCGCAGGAAGUUGGAGAAUGCUUGCAAGGAAGCAAUGGAAGGCAUCACACAGCUUGUCCGGAAGCACAAGACCGAUUUUGAGAGCAAGUCUCAGGAACGAGUCAACAAGAUCAAGGGAGCAUUGGAUGCAGUGAUGCCUCCAGCAGCAGCUGGAGAAGAGGAGAAAAUAAAGAAGUUGGUGGAGGAUGGAUUUAAGAAGACAUGGGAAAAGAAGAAUUCAUUGGAACCGACAGAAGUUGGAUUCAAGGGAGUGACACAGACAGAUUUAGAUCAGUUUUCCUAA